UCAGAUAGUCCUCUAUUUUAUAUGUGCCUUCCAGAACAUCUCUUGUGGUAUCCACUACUUGGCAUCUGUGUUCAUGACAGUGUCCCCCUACCAUACCUGCCGGCCUCCGGGCAACGUGAGUCAGGUUCUUUUCCACAAUGUCUCUAGUUGGAGGUUGGAGGACAUCUGGAUCCUGUUUUUCACAGGCCAUGAAGAUCAGAUUAUAGUGCAGCUACAGAACGGUGAGGUCUGGGAGCUCACAAGUUGUCACCGAUUCCGGAGGGAUGAAAAGUCUGGUUUGAACUCUGAUUAUAAUGGCCGGAAGAGCAGCUUUCCUUGUUUGGAUGGCUACAUCUAUGACAAGAGCAAGUGGGACAGCACCGUGGUGACUCAGUGGGAUCUGGUGUGUAACCGAGAAUGGUUUGCAAAGAUGGUCCAGCCCGUAUUUAUGUUGGGAGUCCUGCUGGGGGCAAUGAUUUUUGGCUACCUUUCUGACAGGCUAGGAAGACGGCUCGUCCUGUGGUCCACAAGCAUUGGCCUAUUUUUCUUCGGCAUAGCAGCGGCUUUCUCAUCUGAUUAUUACGGCUUCAUGAUCGCACGCUUUCUUCUAGCCAUGUCUGGAAGUGGCUAUCUCGUGGUGGUGUUUGUCUAUGUGACGGAAUUUAUUGGCAUGAAGUCUCGGACGUGGGCAUGCAUCCAGAUGCAUUCCUUUUUUGCCAUUGGAACAAUGGUGGUGGCUUUGACAGGCUACUUUGUCAGGACCUGGUGGACCUAUCAGAUAGUCCUCUCCACAGUGACUGUCCCCUUUGUCGUGUGCUGUUGGAUACUCCCAGAGACACCUUUUUGGCUUCUCUCAGAGGGAAGAUAUGAAGAAGCACAAAGAGUAGUUGAUGCGAUGGCCAAGUGGAAUAGGGCAAGCUCCUGUAAACUGUCAGAACUUUUGUCACUAGAUCUAAAUGGUCCUGUCGGUAAUGCACCCUUUGAAGUUAAGAAGCACAACCUAUUAGAUCUGUUUUAUGACUGGAAUGUUGGAACAAGGACAUUUAUUGUUUGGCUGAUUUGGUUCACUGGGUGUUUGGGAUUCUACUUCUUCUCCUUGAAUUCUGUUAAUUUAGGAGGCAAUGAAUAUUUAAACCUCUUCCUCAUGGGUGCAGUGGAAAUUCCUGCCUACGUCUUCAUAUGCUGGGGGAUGGACAGUAUAGGGAGAAGAAACAUUCUGGUCUUCUCCCUUAUCUCAGGAGCACUGCUCUGUGGUGUGGUUAUGGUGAUCCCCAAGGAUUACUUUGUUUGGACUGUGGUGGUGACUAUGGCUGGAAAAUUUGCCAUAGGGGCAUCGUUUGGCCUCAUUUACCUUUAUACGGCAGAGCUGUAUCCAACCAUGGUAAGGUCGCUGGCCGUGGGAAGCGGCAGCAUGGUGAGCCGUGUGGGAAGCAUCGUGGCCCCGUUCUGGGUUUCUCUCUCCAGCGCUUGGACCUUCCUACCACAGCUGCUGGUUGGGAUUUUGGCCUUCAUAAGUGGAGUGCUAUCGCUAAUGCUUCCAGAAACCAUGGGGAUGCCUCUGGCAACGACUUGGGAGGAGGCUGCCAAACAGGAUACAGAAAAAGAGAGUUCAGGCAAAUUAUUUCCCACAACCAAAAAUACUGUGUUGGAAAAAAUGGAAGUCAUUGACUCCGAGGUUUCUGGUCUUGGUGAAUAAAUGUGCUGUGUUUACUUUAAUGACUUCAUAUUAGAGGAAUAUUAUUCU